AUGCCACGGUGCCAUCGCUAUGCUACGAGCUGUCACCCCCUCACCCCACAGUACUGUCAUGCCACGGUGCCAUCGUCAUGCUACGAGCUGUCACCCACCCCCCUCACCCCACAGUACUGUCAUGCCACGGUGCCAUCGUCAUGCUACGAGCUGUCACCCCCCCCUCACCCCACAGUACUGUCAUGCCAUGGUGCCAUCGUCAUGCUACGAGCUGUCACCCCCCCCCCACCUCACCACACAGUACUGUCAUGCCACGGUGCCAUUGCCAUGCUACGAGCUGUCACCCCCCAUCACCACAGUACUGUCAUGCCACGGUGCCAUCGUCAUGCUACGAGCUGUCACCCAACCCCCCCCCCGUCACCACACAGUACUGUCAUGCCACGGUGCCAUUGCCAUGCUACGAGCUGUCACCCCCCCCCAUCACCACAGUACUGUCAUGCCACGGUGCCAUCGUCAUGCUACGAGCUGUCACCCACCCCCCUCACCCCACAGUACUGUCAUGCCACGGUGCCAUCGUCAUGCUACGAGCUGUCACCCACCCCCCCCCCUCACCCCACAGUACUGUCAUGCCACGGUGCCAUCGUCAUGCUACGAGCUGUCACCCCCCCCCCCACCUCACCACACAGUACUGUCAUGCCACGGUGCCAUCGCCAUGCUACGAGCUGUCACCCCCCCCACCUCACCACACAGUACUGUCAUGCCACGGUGCCAUCGCCAUGCUACGAGCUGUCACCCCCCAUCACCACAGUACUGUCAUGCCACGGUGCCAUCGUCAUGCUACGAGCUGUCACCCACCCACCCCCUCACCCCACAGUACUGUCAUGCCACGGUGCCAUCGCCACGCUACGAGCUGUCACCCCCCCCCCACCUCACCCCACAGUACUGUCAUGCCACGGUGCCAUCGUCAUGCUACGAGCUGUCACCCCCCUCACCCCACAACACUGUCAUGCCAUCGUGCCAUCGCCACGCUACGAGCUGCCAUAA